ACAAUUACAGCGUGUAAUGCAGUUCUACAAAACCCACAAGGUGUUUACACCCUACGGAAUUAUGGUGAAGCAGUCAACUGUACCAUCUCGAUCAUUUUUCCCGAAAGCUUUCGCGUUCUGGCACUUAAUAUAGGCGCUCAACACCGACCCAACACUGACUUAAUAGAGCCACAGCUUCUUGAGGUCGAAACCGGACUAAUCAGAAAAUGCAAAGAGAGGGGUUUAAGAGAUUAUGUGGAAAUUCUUGGAGGAGAUGGUCUCGACCCACACUUAAUGGCUGUCGCCGAAGAUUUUUGUGGAAUUGAUUCAAUUCCAACCAAACAUAAGUUUGAGGUCGCCUGUGGUAACACAGCUGUACGGCUGGUCUCUAGUGGACGACAUGAUAAUUCUGUGACCAUUGCUUUUGAUCUACUUCUGGACAUUGACUCUCCGACACUACUUUGUCCAGCGAUGUUGGAAACCAUUGCCCUCUCAUGUUAG